CUAGAAAUUAGUGAAAAUCAAAAGACAGUUCUGACAAUUUCGAACGAAGCAAAACGAAACAGACCAAUAGGAAUGCUCGACACUAUUUUUCCCCCUGUACCACAGAUUAACCUAAAAGUAUUCUGUGCCUGUACCAAAACAAAGUCCAUUUGGACGAUGGCUCUAGUAAUAUAUGCUCGAAGACAAAAAGGGAUUCAAAAACCAAAAAAUCAUCGUUAAUUAAAAACAUCGAUAUUAAUAAUUAAAAAAUCGACGCAUAAAAACAUCGAUGUUAACAUUUAACAUCGAUAAUCGAAACCGAAAAAUCGAUGUUCCCUACUUUAAUGUCAUCCAUCACAUUUUCAAAAUUAGCGAUGUGAGGAAAUUUUAAUUAUUUAAUAAAUCAGAUUCGUAGAAACCAAUGAACUGAAACUCCAGAGACAACUCAAAAAACUGCUAUAUUUAUAACCUCACUUUUUAUAUAGACCCCUAAGGUUUUGAAAUGUACUGACAGGUCUCAUCAAUAAAAUUUUAAGAAAAUGCCAUCAAAUUCUUUAAAAUGGCAUAUUGCACUAGGUUUAGGUGCCGCCGGAGCCAUAGGAUUAGCCUAUUGGUAUCUUAGAUCUAGUAAAAGAGAAACAAUACAAACCCAUAAUUCAGCACUCGAGGAACCUAAAGAAGAAAGUCCUUUCCAAUUAGCUCAAAAGUAUAAAGUAGAGGGUAAUGAAUUCUUUAAGAGAGGUAGAUAUGACGAUGCCAUCACCUGCUACAACAAAGCUAUCGAAAAGAUUCCUGAAGAAUACAAAUCUGAUCUUGCUACUUACUAUCAAAAUAGAGCUGCUGCUUAUGAGCAACUGAAAAAAUGGAGUUCGGUCAUUGCAGAUUGCACAAAAGCUAUAGAACUCAACAACCGUUAUGAAAAAGCUCUUUUCAGGAGAGCCAAAGCAGAAGAAAUGAUUAAAGACUGGGUAAAUGCAUUAGAUGAUAUAACAUCAGUUUGCUUAUUACAAAAUUUCCAAAACCAGACUGCAUUGCUUAUGGCUGAUCGCGUUUUAAAAGAACUCGGCAAACAGAAUGCUGCUGAAGCUGUUAAAAACAGAAAACCUGUGAUACCAUCUCACAGUUUUAUUAAAACUUAUUUUUCAUCUUUUUCUGCAGACCCUGUUUAUGAUAAGUUAAAGGAGGCAAAUGAACCUUUAGGACAAGGUGAUCUAAAAGGCUUCCUCAAGGCUAAAUUGGCAUUUGCUACAGAGAAAUAUGAGGAAAUUAUUCCAGCAUGCACAGAAGAAUUAAACCUAAGCGAGUCCGAAUCGGUAUACAAAUUUGAGGCAUUAUCUUUAAGAGCAGCAUUUUAUUUCCUUACUGGCCAGUUCAAAGAAGCCAUAGAAGAUCUAACAUUAAUCAUCGAUUCUAAGGAUGCAGACCUUCUUAUUAAGAUCAAUGCUCUAAUCAAGAGAUCAUCAAUCUAUAUGCAAACAGAAAAGAUUCAGGAAUGCCUUGAUGAUUUUGAAAAAGCUGCUGAAUUGGGACCAGAUGUAUCAGAUGUAUUCCACCACAGAGGACAAGUCAAACUUCUUAUGGAACAAAUAGAUGAUGCCAGAAAAGAUUUCGAAAGAGCUGUAACCUUGAACCCAAAUUUUGCAGUUGCUGUAGUACAAAAAUGUUAUGCUGAUUACAGAUAUGCAAUGCAAAUCAAAGAUGUGACUCUUUUGAUGGACAGCAUGCAAGAGUUCAGGAAAGCAGUUGAUAAAUUCCCAUCUUGUCCAGAGACAUACAUUCUCUUUGCCCAAGUCAAAACAGAAAAACAAGAAUUCCAAGAAGCUGAAAAAUUGUACCAAAGUGCUUUGAAAAUAGACCCUAAUAACGCUUCUAUAUAUGUCCAUAAAGGAUUAUUAAUAUUACAGUGGAAAGGAGAGAUUGCAAAUGCAGUGGAACUGAUGAAAGAGGCCAUUAGAGUGGAUGAUAAGUCUGAAUUUGCUUAUGAGACAUUAGGAACUGUUGAAGUACAAAGGGGCAAUCUAGUGUUGGCCAUUGACUUAUUUAAUAAAGCCAUAGCCCUGGCUAGAUCAGAGAUGGAGAUGGUGCAUUUGUUCUCUCUUAGAGAUGCUGCUGCUUCGCAGUUAAAGAUUGCGACCAAUUUGGGAAUUGGACCUGAACUCCUCAAAGGAGUGUCUUAAUUGGGUUUGUUUGUGUUGACUCUUCUACUAAAAGUUUCCUAUGUAGCAAGAGAAUAUGUAGCGUUUAAAACCAAAAUUGUUGUUGUAUAUAAGUCAUUCCUAAAUUAAAAGUUACUUUUUAUUUACA